UGCACACAACUCCCUUUGACUUGACUGGGCCUCAUGAGCAGAGGUCAAGACUUGAACUGGUUAUAAUGGAAAUUUUUUUUUUACCUUAGAAAUUGUGGAUGAAAUUUACUCUGAGGUAAUGGAAAAAAGUAAGAAAUCAAUCUUCGGCCCCUACUCUCCACGUUUCCAUUUCCUUAAGCUCUUGGAAAAGGGAUUGCGUAAAGGCCUGACCGAAAACUGUCACCAGCUGGCCUCAGGGAGACUUCAUAUUGGUCUCACACGUCUGCCAGAUGGCCAGAAAGUUGUAAUUUCAGACUUCUGCUCAAAGGAGGAGGUCAUUCAGGCAGUGCUCUGCAGCUGCUUUAUUCCGGUUAUUUGGGGAUGGAUCCCUCCUUCCUUCCGAGGUGUGCGAUAUAUUGAUGGAGGAUUCACGAGCCUGCAUCCUCUCUCUGACCCAGAAACUACAAUUUACGUAUCACCAUUUGCAGGGGACAAUGACAUAUGUCCAAGAGAUUGUCCAGCUGCUUUCUACUCUAUCAAGGUCCUUGACUGCAGUUUUCAGAUCUCAGUUGAGAACCUGUGCAGGAUCUCCUAUGGCGUAUUUCCUCCUUUAUGGCUGAACAUACGUGAAAUGCAGAACAAAGGAUACCAUGAUACCGUUUACUACUUGCAGAUGAAAAAGGAACGUGGAAUGGUAACCGGAACACCCAAGAAGACUCCCCACAAGCAGCUGCAGCACAGUCUCCCAGAUGCCCAGGAGAACAGGAAUUUAUCUGGAUUGCUGCAUGCCUUGGCUGAGUUCUUCUUGCAGAGUUUCUGGAAUUACAUCAAAUAUCUGCAAAAAAUAUAUUCUGCAAAAAUCUAAUGAGGACUGAAGGAAGUUUCAGGGGGAGAAGAGUUCUUAUAUUCAUGGGCAUGGAGAAGAAGACACUGAGGACUGUACAUCCCGAGUCAUCCUCUAAAACAUUACUAGAAAAAGCUUUCUGGGAGCUGCAAUGUAUACACAAUAGCUGAUCACAUGAUAUAGCAUUAUUUUAUUGAUGUUCAUUUGACAUGCAGAAUUCACUUGUGAUUUUUCCACAUGUAAGUACUAAUCAUGAUAUUAAAAACUUACAGCAUCAUGUAUUUAUGCUUCACGCUACAUAUAAAGUAUUAAAUUUGUCCUGUUGUUCAAAAGUUUUUCAUGGAAACAUUUAUAAAUUAGUAAAAGGCUAUACUCUG